CUUCCUAACCUCCCCAGGGCCCACAAGAAAGCUGCCCCUUCCAUCUAUGCCUGUCUUGCCCAUAUCAGUUCUUUCCUGACAGGACACUGGACCAAACGUCUCUCAUCUCGAAUAAGCACUGUCACUGCCCAACCCCCUCCACUUCAUUUGCGGACAGCCCCAGCAGUCCCAAACUUGCCUCCUACCUCCAGUCUAGCCCUUCUAUUCUUUUCUAGAAGCAUCCAGUGCAUUUUCUAAAAGCAAAAGUGCUUGUCAGCCUCACUGGAACCCUACACUGGCACCCACAGAUUCCAGGCAGGGCCCCUCAGCCACCAAAGCCUCUUAUCCCCCCAGCUCCUAGCCAUGCUAAAGCAUGGCCAGCAUGUGGAGGUCUCCAGCACAUUCUGUCUGCAGGCCUCAGCCAUAGAUGUGCUCUGUACUGCCCUGGAUACUUCUGGGGACCAAAUUCCUCUUGGUCUCUCAGGAUGCAGCUUUAAGGCCACAGGCUCCUUCUGUUGCCUUCCAGCCCCUGGGCAGUGGCUGUGGGCUGUUUGUUCCCCAAGGUAGACAGGUCAGUGCUGGCCCACAGUGGGCACCUGACAAAUGUUGGCAGAAACAGGAAAGCCAGGUAGCCAGCCCUGGAGCUGGAAGGGAGGUCAUGCAGUCCACAGUGGUACAAUUCUGGAGGAGGAAUGAGUCACUCUCAGGUCCCGCCCCUGACUCCCUCAGUCAGGGGGACCCCAGAGACACAACACUCAGGGGAGAUCUGGGCUCCCACUCUAUUAGGGGCCUAUAAAAAACUGGAAACAGGACUAGGAGUGGGCAGAGAAUGGGUUCCUAGUAGGACUGGGAGAGGUCACCUCCAGGACUCCCAGAAUGCUCCAAAAGUUCCAAAAGCACUGCUGGUGGCCUGCAGUAUGAAGGGGUGGAGCUCAGCCUGAGGACCUGGUCACUACAUCCUUUCAUGGGAGGCCCCCAGCAGCCAGCCCUGGAGUGUAGGCGCCUUGGUCUGGGCUCUGGAUUGCUUUGUCUUCAUGUAAAGGCCCCCCUCAGCUGGUCCUGGGGCAUGGGGACUCGGCUUAGGGACUGAGUCUCUAUGUGUACCCGGCACAGCGGCCCCCUUUUCCCCUGGGGCGUGGGUGAAGCAGGGGACCUCAGCCUGGGGACCGGACUCUCCGGGCCACCGUCAGCCGCGCCGCCCCCUCCCCGCACCACAUACCUUGCCCACAGCUGAGCAGCUGGGAGGCUAUUUAUAAAGGCGAGUGAGAUCAGCAGCCGAGGUUAUAAAUGCCCGGGCCAGAGCCAGGCCCCACAGGAGCAGCCGCCCAGGGCACCGGAGCCGCGGGCCACAAGGCUGGGAUGAGCGCCAGCGCGGGCGGCAGCGGCGGUGGAGGCGACAGUGGCGGCAGCAGCAGCAGCUCACAAGCCUCCUGUGGGCCUGAGUCCUCAGGCUCUGAACUAGCCCCAGCUACACCAGCACCUCCAAUGCUUCAGGGGCUCCUGGGCUCUGAUGACGAGGAACAGGAAGACCCUAAGGACUACUGCAAGGGUGGCUACUACCCAGUGAAGAUCGGUGACCUGUUCAAUGGGCGGUACCACGUGGUGCGAAAACUGGGCUGGGGCCACUUCUCUACCGUCUGGCUCUGCUGGGACAUCCAGCGCAAGCGCUUCGUAGCCCUGAAAGUAGUGAAGAGUGCUGGGCACUACACUGAGACAGCUGUGGAUGAGAUCAAGCUCCUGAAAUGUGUCCGGGACAGUGACCCCAGUGACCCCAAAAGAGAGACCAUCGUUCAGCUCAUUGAUGACUUCAGGAUCUCGGGGGUGAAUGGAGUUCAUGUGUGCAUGGUGCUGGAGGUCCUGGGCCACCAGCUCCUCAAAUGGAUCAUCAAGUCCAACUACCAGGGUCUGCCUGUGCCCUGUGUGAAGAGCAUUGUGAGGCAGGUGCUGCAUGGCUUAGACUACCUCCACACCAAAUGUAAGAUCAUCCACACGGACAUCAAGCCUGAAAACAUCCUGCUGUGUGUGGGUGAUGCCUACAUCAGGCGCCUGGCAGCAGAGGCCACAGAGUGGCAGCAGUCAGGGGCCCCACCCCCAUCCCACUCCACAGUCAGCACUGCCCCCCAGGAGGUCUUGACUGGUAAGCUGUCCAAAAAUAAGAGGAAGAAGAUGAGGCGCAAGCGGAAACAGCAGAAGCGGCUGCUGGAGGAGCGGCUGCGAGACCUACAGAGGCUGGAGGCCAUGGAGGCUGCAGCCCAGGCUGAGGAUUCUGGAUCGAGACUAGAGGGGGGCAGCGGCUCUACCUCUUCCUCAGGCUGCCAUCCUGGGGGCACCAGGGCUGGCACCUCCCCAGCCUCCACCUCCCCUGCCCCUGGGGGUGACCGCAGUCUCAGCCCCAGCUCGCAGACCUCUGGCUUCUCAGGCUCCCUGUUCUCGCCGGCCUCCUGCUCCAUCCUUUCAGGCUCGUCCAAUCAGCGUGAAACAGGGGGACUCCUGUCACCCAGCACACCAUUUGGUGCCUCAAACCUCCUGGUGAACCCCCUGGAGCCCCAAAAUGCAGACAAGAUCAAGAUCAAGAUUGCAGAUCUGGGCAACGCCUGCUGGGUGCACAAGCACUUCACUGAAGACAUCCAAACUCGGCAGUACCGGGCUGUGGAGGUACUGAUCGGUGCUGAGUAUGGGCCCCCGGCAGACAUCUGGAGCACAGCAUGCAUGGCCUUCGAGCUGGCCACUGGUGACUACCUGUUUGAGCCUCACUCAGGAGAAGACUACAGUCGUGAUGAGGACCACAUUGCUCACAUCGUGGAGCUUCUAGGUGACAUCCCCCCAGCCUUUGCUCUGUCAGGCCGUUACUCUCGAGAGUUCUUCAACCGAAGAGGAGAGCUGCGGCACAUCCACAACCUCAAGCACUGGGGUCUGUAUGAGGUGCUCAUGGAGAAGUAUGAGUGGCCCCUGGAACAGGCAACACAGUUCAGCGCCUUCCUGCUGCCCAUGAUGGAGUACAUCCCUGAAAAGCGGGCCAGCGCCGCCGACUGCCUCCAGCAUCCCUGGCUCAACCCCUAGGUCCCACUGUAGCUGUAGGCAACAGGGUUGGGCCUGGCUCUGCCCCUAACUCUCAGUGCCUUAAGGGAAAGUGGGGUGACUCUCACCACCCUGUAGGAGCUACCCUCUCCUACCCUGCUGAAUGCCAGCUUUUUUACCCACCCAUGGCAGGAGAGAGAAAUGCUGGGGCCAGGCCCAUGUCUCAGAACUUCUCUGCCCACAAUUCUCCUGGAAGAUCCUCUGGUGGGAAAGUAUGUGUUUCUUUCUUAAUAAAGCGUGAACAGAAAUACCAGUA